AUGCCACCCCCCGACGAUCCCCCUCGCUCAAAGCGACCUCGCGCCGCGCAGGCUUGCGACCGAUGCCGCACGAAAAAGUACAAGUGCGAUGAGCUCUAUCCGUGCUCGCACUGUAAGAAAAGCAACCUGAGCUGCGUCUAUCAGGGUAACUAUCGCCAGCUGGAGAAUAGCCGGUCGGCCAGCUAUGUCAUUGACUUGGAGAAGAAAGUCGAAGAACUUGCUCUAAAGCUCCAAGUCGCUGAAGCAAAGCUCUCACCCCGCGAUCAUGAAUCCGCUCCCUCAAUUCCAGCCAUCAAUGCAACGCCGUGCUCAAUGUCAAUGCCCGACAAAACAACACCGCCGGCAUCAACUACAAAUGCGCGACGUCCGGAAGAGCCGGAGCCCUACACAAAUCCCAAUAAGCACGCCAAUGAGCAAGACGACGAAGCCGAGGCCGAAGCCAGCGACCCCGUCGAUGACGAAAUCACCGAGCUAAACCAUCACACCAACGGCAUCGAGUUUCACGGGAGCACCUCCUCCGUUGCAUUCCUUGGGCAUCUCCAGAAAGCGCGAGAUCCGCAAUCAGAAACCUCUGCGCAAUGGCCGAGUCGCCCCCGUCCUCCAGAGUACUCGAUUGUCUCGACACUCCACAAUGCCAGUUUCUCGCCCACAGCAACGACUGCCGCGUCAGCCUCGCAAUCAUUGGCGACAGUGCACGAAAGCAAUUACUACUUCGAGCAGGCGCAUGUCUUUAUGAGCGGCUACUUUGAGAACGUCCACUUCAUUCAUCCCUUCAUCGACAAGGAAGACUUCUAUGUGCGCGCGCACGAUCUCUGGUUGAGGCGGACUCCAACUCCUGAUCCGAGUUUUAUCGCGCUCUACUUGAGUGUUCUGUCAUUUGGCGCGUUGUUGCGGGUUUGGGAUGAGACGCAGCUAGGUGGGCUGACGAGGUUUGAAUGGAGCCGGAAACUGUUUGGCGAGGCUCAGCUCUACCUUAACUACUUGCAUUUUCCGAAUAACCUUGAUGCGGUGCAGUGCUUGUAUCUUAUGGCUAAGAUAUGUCAGAACGAGCUGAACCCUAACUUGGCAUACAUGUACCUCGGUGUCGCCGUCCGCACCUGUCUCGCAGCAGGCUUCAACCGCAACGUCCGGCCGACCAGCGACCCCCGCGCAGAAUGGAUCUCUAGGACAUGGUGGGGCCUGUUUUCUCUCGAGAUAGAAAUGUCCUUCUCCCUCGGCCGCCCCGACACACUCGGCCUUGACGACUACCACAACCGCCCUCUCCCGCCACGCAACCACACCCAGUACGCCAUAAUCCCGUGGAUGGUGGAUUUUGCGCGCAUCACCCGCAAGGUCUCCGUGCAGAUAUACCAUCGACGGCUCACAUUGGAGGAUAAAUUGGCUAUGGCACUAGCGAUCGAGAAUGAGUUAGAUUGCUGGAUUCGGAAUCUACCGGAGUGGAUUAGGCCCGGGUUUAUCAAAGCUGGUGAAGCUGAAAAUGAGAGUGCGGCGGUUGAUAGAGGCGAGGGGGGCGAUGGAAUUGGGGGUGCAAUCGCUACUGAGGAUGGAAUCAAUGUUGGCAUCGGAGGUAUGGGUAUUGGUGCGGGAAGAAAUGAUCUGAAGGAUCCGAAGUGGGCAAGGAGACAGAGGCUUGUGCUGGGAAUUCGUAUGUCCUCCCAGCUUACCUUACUCCGAGCAUACAAGCACGAUGAACUAACAACGGCGUCAGGCUACUACAACGUCAAAACCCUCCUCUUCCGCCCCUUCCUCCGCCACGCUACAUCCAAAUCCAAGGCCACAUCCAGACCUCGCUCUCGAUCCAAGCCAGCCAACGGAGCCCGAAACCGCUCAGACACAGCAACAACAGCAAGCACAAACAUAACGAUGACAAUGAAGACAGACACGCCAACAGAGCCCGAACCCGAUACCGAAUCCCUCCUCUCAACAACGAUAUCCAAGUGCCUCGAUGCCGCGCAAAACACCAUCUCCGUCAUCCACGACAUCUACCGCGUGCACACGUUCUUCCGAUGCUGGUGGUACAACACAACCUACGUCACAUUCGCAACCUCGACUCUCCUCCUCCCGCUCUCGCACUCCGUCUCAAACCCACCCACAUCCUCAAGAUCAAAACAUACCUCACCCCCGCUAUCAACAGAUCCACAGACCAUAAAGUCCCUAACCCGCUCCGUCGAAAAAGCAAUCGAGAUCCUGGAAGCGACGGACGAGAGCGUCGUUACGCGCAAAUGCGCUGAGAUCAUCAGGUACUAUCUGCGGGAGUUUCAGGUCCGGAAUGGGAAUGGGAAUGCCGAGCACGGCCACAGCCACAGCCACAGCCAGUAUCAGGCUCAGAGUCAUACCCAUAGUCUACGGGAGAAACAUGGACAUGGGAGUGGGAAUGGAAAUGGAAAUGGGAUAGUUCAAGGAGAGGAGAUGGGUACAGGCACAGGCACAGGUAUGGCGACAGGAGCAGGAAUGGGAACGGCAUCUGGAGCCGGGUGGUUUGGGAACGGUGCACAGCUCGACACUACUACUGGACAUGCACCACCUCACACCGAUGGCUACGCUAAUGGCGCUGGGAACGGCUACGGAUAUCCCGGCGGUAGUGAAGGAGGAGGAGCAGGGGAAUUUGACGGCCCGGAAUGGGCCUAUGGAUUCGGCUUCCCCGACUGUUCAUUUGAGGGCAUAGCGCGGUUCUUUGAUGAUUUAGGGCCGUUGCCGAUUUUGGAGGAGUGA